CCUCCGCUCACAUCCGCUCGACUCGCUAUUUGUGUUGUAAAAAGGACUUUGUGAAACUGCAGCGAUGUCAGUCCAGGUUGUGGCAGCGAAAAUGGCAGAGGUCGAACUCAAAGACGUCCCCACCGGUAAAGACUUACCGGCCGGCUCCCCGAUGACACCGACCUCGGAGGGCAAGAACCUCGGCAGAGUCGACCCGCACGAGGCCGGUUCCUCCGCCGCUACGACCCCUCCAGCGGAGCCCUCCGCGAAAGCCGGGGAAGGCAGCCUAGGUAUGCUCACCCCGAACCCCGCGAAGAUGCCGCAGGCGUCGGCUAUGAAGCGGACGGACCCGCAGCAGAACGGCGGAGAGGCUUUUGUGAACCGUGACGGUACCGUCGCCGAGGCUCCGCGGAUGAAAAAGCAGAUCCAGUUUGCAGACCAGAAACAGGAGUUCAACAAGCGUCCCUCCAAGAUCGGCCGGCGCUCCCUGUCCCGCUCCAUUUCCCAGUCCUCCACAGACAGCUACAGCUCAGCGGCAUCAUACACGGACAGCUCUGACGAUGAGACAUCUCCUCGGGACAAACAGCAGAAGAACUCAAAGGGCAAUGGAGACUUCUGCAUCAAAAACAUCAAACAGGCUGACUUUGGACGCAGAGAGAUCGAGAUCGCAGAGCAAGAGAUGCCAGCCCUGAUGGCUCUGAGGAAGCGAGCCCAGGGGGAGAAACCCCUCGCUGGUGCCAAGGUGGUGGGCUGCACCCACAUCACUGCCCAGACUGCUGUGCUGAUGGAGACUCUGUCAGCUUUGGGGGCUCAGUGCAGAUGGGCGGCCUGCAACAUCUACUCCACCCAGAAUGAAGUGGCAGCUGCCCUGGCAGAGGGAGGUUUCAGUGUGUUUGCAUGGAAGGGUGAGUCAGAGGACGACUUCUGGUGGUGCAUCGAUCGCUGCGUCAACGUGGAAGGCUGGCAGCCCAACAUGAUCUUGGAUGACGGUGGAGACCUGACUCACUGGAUCUAUAAAAAAUACCCCAACAUGUUCAAAAAGAUCAAGGGCAUCGUAGAGGAGAGUGUAACCGGUGUGCACAGGUUGUAUCAGCUGUCCAAAGCAGGAAAACUAUGUGUUCCAGCCAUGAACGUCAACGACUCAGUGACCAAGCAGAAGUUAGACAACCUCUACUGCUGCAGAGAGUCCAUCUUAGAUGGGCUGAAGAGGACCACUGAUGUCAUGUUUGGAGGCAAACAGGUGGUGGUGUGUGGAUACGGAGAGGUGGGGAAAGGCUGCUGUGCUGCUCUCAAAGCAAUGGGCUCCAUCGUCUACGUCACAGAGAUCGACCCAAUCUGUGCCUUGCAGGCCUGCAUGGACGGCUUCAGGCUGGUGAAACUGAACGAAGUCAUCAGACAAGUGGACAUCGUCAUCACCUGCACAGGCAAUAAGAACGUGGUGGUGAGAGAGUACCUGGACCGCAUGAAGAAUGGCUGCAUCGUCUGCAACAUGGGGCACUCCAACACUGAGAUCGAUGUGGCCAGCCUGCGGACUCCUGAACUGACCUGGGAGAGAGUGCGCUCUCAGGUGGACCACGUCAUCUGGCCUGAUGGCAAGAGGAUAGUGCUGCUGGCUGAGGGUCGUCUGCUGAACCUCAGCUGUUCCACUGUGCCCACUUUCGUCCUCUCCAUCACCGCCACCACCCAAGCGCUGGCUCUGAUAGAGCUGUACAAUGCCCCAGAGGGACGCUACAAACAGGAUGUUUACCUGCUACCCAAGAAGAUGGAUGAGUAUGUGGCCAGCCUACAUCUCCCUACGUUUGACGCACAUCUCACAGAGCUGAGUGACGAGCAGGCCAAGUAUCUGGGCUUGAACAAGAAUGGGCCCUUCAAGCCAAACUACUAUAGGUAUUAAACCAGUGUCGGGGUUGGACUGCAGAUAAUACUCCAUGAAUGGCACAGACUCAAAGAGGGAGAGGAGGAGGGUGAGGGUGAGGAGAAGAGAAGGAAGGACGGACGGACAGAACAGUCAACACACCUGCUUUAUAUUCGGGGGGGGGGUAGGGGAGGAGCUCUAAUUGAGCCUGAGGGGAAAGGGGAAGGGGGUGGAGGGGCGUGGCUCCUUCUGCGCUUAUGGCAGCCAUUUUAUUUAUUCAUGCUCUACAACAAUAAUUGUAACAUUAAUUCUAACUCUGUGGAGCUGCUCCUGCCAUUCGCCAUUAGCUAGCUCCCUGACAUCUUCUCCUGGAAGAUAUUUUACUUCCCUUCCACUCGUCAUUUCACCACCAUUAUCUCUUUCUCUUUAGACGCUCAUUUGUGUGUGUAAAUCCUCCAUCCUCCCUUCCCAUUGCCAGAUCUUUUAUUGUUUAACUAUUAAAGAUGAAAUUAUUGAUGCUAAAAAGAUAUAUACUAUAUAAAAAAACUUGAUUAAAAAAAUCUGUGUGAAUGAAGAUUACCGUUGAAGAUUUAGUGACGGACACUUUUUCCUGUCCUUUUUUUUUCCGCCGUUGUCUUUUCUUUUCUACCUGUGAUUAUGUUUUUCUCUUGUGUAAUAUUGUGAGGGCGGGGUUAGACGUAGUGGGCGGGGAUUAGGCGGGAUCUCAGGGUCCAAUCAUAUCAUGUCUUUUAUUUGAUCGUUUCAUUGAGAUUCACCGUUGUGUCUGUUUUUAAACUCUUUUUUUUUUUUUACGCGUUCUGUCCCUUCAGAUCAGCCUGUAGUUUGUCAUCACUUUUCUCGUAGUACGACUGGACAGUGAUCGGGUCUUCCCACCUGUCACUCAAAGCCACAGUGAAACCAUCUCAUUGGCUGCUGCAUUCUCGGCUUCCAGCUGCUCACAUGGCGCCAGUGUUGAAGUAAUGAAAAGUAUUUCAAGCUUGUGAGAGCUAACCUUUUCAUUUUGUCUCUUUUUCCUUUGCCAAGAAUGACUAUACUGUAUUAGAAGCAUGGCACGUUAUCAGAUCAUCAAAAGGGGUAUACUGUAUAUUUAGAUAUUUAUAUUGAAAUUAAGAUUUUCUAUCUUUUUUUCUCCUGCGCCAUCUAAUAUCAUUACUUUCCGGGGGGGAAAAAUCAACAUAUGUCAUAAAGAUAAGCAAUUAAAUGUUCUAAUGAUAAGUGUAAUAAAUGUACUUUAACCCUCACUUUGAAUACUGUGACAGAACAUAUUUACAGAGAUACCAAAUGAGCAGCAAGUCGCUGCCUGGCCGGUACUUAAACAGAUAUCUUCAAUCAGGUCCUCAUUGAAAAGUAUGGUGCUGUUAAGAUUUACUGUACUUACCAUACACACCACAGCUCUUUGGUACUCACAGAUACUGUAUAGUCAGGGGGUUCAUCUUAAAAAAUAAAAUCUGGGCUCUGAAUUCCACUGAUUUAUUUUUUUUCUAUCCAAGAAGCACAUUUAUACGGAGCCCUCAAAGGCCCAAACAAUGAUAUUUCUUUAUCUCUUUCUGGACUUUAGGGGCUCCGUACAUCUACCGUCUGUAAAGGGAUUUUUCACCUUUUUAAAUCCAAACUUAGCGUGCUAUCUCUGAUAUAUUUUAGCUUCUUCUUCCCCACCUGACAGACUUUAGAUUCCACCAGUACAAUGAGCUGCGCAGUCACCAUCCCCGGCAGCUCGUCCCCAGCUGACCUGACGCUGGAAAUUACAAAGUCCUGACAGUCAUUUCGCCUGACAGCCAAGUGCACCCUGCUGCUAUACUGGCUCUGCACCUGAACCAAUCAGAUUCUCUGCUAACCUGCUGGGAGACGCUGCCAGCUCUGCUCUCACAAAGAGGGAUCAAAUGCUCUGACACACACACAUACAGAAGCUCAUUAUCCAGGCCUGAAAAUUAACUGUGCUGUAUGUGGAAAAUAAAUAACAUCAUUAGCUGAUUUUUGAACAAGAGGAAAUAGCACAAAACGCUCUGUUUGCCAGUUAAUACCUACAAAUAUGCACAAUCCAUGCAAUUUUGCUGUGUGACUUUAUGAGUAACAUCAUUACGUAACAUUAAAAACCAACCAAAGUGUUCAGAGGAAUGUUUCAACAUUUCGGUAAAUAUCUGUAUUUGCUUUUAUGUUGGUAGAAAAAAGAUAAAGAAUCAAAAACAAAAUCCAACAUCCAGCACCUCUAAAGCCAGGUUUUUGUACACCUGAAACAAAAUGGACAACAUUAGUUAGUGAGCUUUAAAGGUGCAGGUAGGUAGAUUUUGUUACCUUUAGACAGAGCCAGGCUAGCUGUUUCCCCCCUGCUUCCAGUCUUUAUAAGUCCCUCCAGGAUUUUGUGCGCUGUUUUAGUGAUUGUUGCAGCCAGAGAUGCCUCAUUUCACGCCAGGUUUCCGAAAAAAAAAAAAAAAUGAAGCAUGUUUUGAUGUUUAUAGGCGUUUUUUGCAAUGAAAUUUCAGGGGCAAGUUAAAAUUUGCAAAAAUAGUUUGAUGCUGUCUCAGAUUCUGAGCAAAUUAUUAUGAACAUUCAGUGUUUCCCAUUGCAAUAGAAUCUGUUUGUAAAGGUAGGAGGAGUUGGGGGGGCAGUAAGAGCUGAUUGCUGAUCAGCUCUUACUGCUGUUCGAUGCAUGGCUGAAGGACUGUACCUGUAAAGGUCUUUCCCUCUGCUGUCUCUGCCCGCUUAACACAAGCUAUUACUUGUCACAUUCUGCUGCUUGCAGCAAUGGUUAACAUCCGACACCAAGCUGUUAAUCGCACACCAAAACUGCUCAACUCUGUCGUUAAACCUGUUCAUGACCGUUGGGCAACUUUAGCUGUGUAAUGCUAACAGUUAACCCUGUCACUGCAGCAGCAGCCUCAUGAUUAACAGAGAGAGCGAUAGAGGGGCUGAGUGAAUCAAUAUAUUACGCACUUCUCCAAUGAAAAGAGAUUUCACUAGUUUUACACUGAUCGAUCACAACAUCGCAAAAUCCUGGAGGGACCACUAUAUGCCAAGCUAAGCUAAUUGGCGCCUGUUUAGCGUACAUACACGAGAGGGAGAUUGACCUUUUCGUGUAUGUCUCGACAAGAAAGUGAAUGAUGUUAUUUCCCAAAAUGUCAAAAUAUUCCUUUUAAAUUGGCGAAAGCAAAUGAAAGUCUAAAUAAAUUGAAACUUUAAAGGUGCGUAGGAACCUCUCAGACAAACCUAGCAUUCACCGAUGUAGGCUACCACCAUGUAACGACAAGAUCCUACACUGUGUCACAGCCCAUACAAACCUCAGUGUCACUUUGUUCCCUGCAGAUGUUUGUGCAUUUCUGUCUCCUUGUGCUGUUGAGAAUCCCCUCUUAAAGUAGUGUGACCUGUCGUCAGUGUAGCCCUGUUGUCUCGAGUCUUACUUUUCCCCUUUUGUGAGUGUGAGUGUGUGUUUAAGUGUGCGACCGCUUGAGAGGAAGCUGACUUUAGAUGAUGACGUGCGUAAGUCUAAACGUCUUUCUGUGUCUGUACACAUCCUUUUUUUGUUGGCCAUGGUUGCUUCGUGAACAGCUGCCUCAGGAUCCUAGCCUGUGCGUCAGGGGGACAAACCAUUUUUUGUUUUGUUUGUCAGCCGUAAGCUGACCAACAGACGGGUGGGCGGGGGAAGACACCAGCAUCAUAUAUGUAUAUACAUACUAUAUACAGAUAUGAAAACCUUUAAAAUUAUAGGAAGGUAAAAGAAGAAUCCACUCCUGUAUUUAUUGUUGUAAAUCCUCAUACAGUGCAAACUGGCAAAAUUCUCAAACAUGUUUUAAGUUGUCUAAUAAAGAAAAAAACACCCUAUGUUUAAAAUAUUGCAAGUGAUAAUGGUAGAUGAUGAGCAAUAAUUUAAAACAUUCUGUAAUCUUAAUGAAUAAAGAUGUAAAAAUUGUAA